CGGCCACUGAUUCGGGGGUAGAGGGGUCUUGACUCACCCCGCGCCCACUUUAGUAUAAUUUCGGGGACAGGCAAACAGACACACUCCACCACACCUUUGCGCUCCAAUUGCAGUCGCCAUGGCGGAACCUACCUACUACAUCGACGAAGAUGUCGGUCACGAUACUGCAGAACAAACCGGCCAGGAAGACUUACCUUACAAGUCGCUCGGAUACGCUGUCCUCACCCGCGGCGAGUCUGCCAAAUUCCUCACUCGAAAAAGUGUCACUGGCGAGCUUGCCGAAGGUGCAGAUGCGACAGCAAGGUUAGAGUGGAAGCCCGUUGCGAAAGCCGGCUUGAAGAAGGCGGUCAACUAUGCGAAGACACAAAAGAAGAAGGCGGAGAAGGAGCAAGAACAGCUUGCGAUGCGCACGAAAGAGGAGGCUGCCCGCAACAAAGUCCUGGACGAGGCCAAGACGAUUGUGCUUGAGGAAGAUACAAGCCUGCCGCAGGCGACCAAAAUCAAGCUCGAUGACACGGAUGCGAAGAAGAUCACACUGGGCGAUGGCAAGGACGUCAAGGGCACACGAGUGAGGGUGUUUGGAAGGGUACAUCGUGAGCGAAGACAGAAAGAUGUCAUGUUUGUGACGUUAAGAGACGGCUAUGGCUAUAUGCAGGUCAUCUUGACCGGCAACCUUGCGAAGACAUACGAUGCCCUCACAUUGACGCGCGAGACGAGCAUGGAGAUUCUCGGAGAGCUGAGGCAGAUUCCAGCUGGCGCGCAUGCUCCCAACGACCGCGAACUCCAUGCAGACUACUACAAGAUUCACGAUGGGUGGAAGGCGGCUGGUGGCGACGACGCCAUCACUAACAGGGUGUCCAAGGACACUGAGCACGCGACAUUGCUGGACUUGCGACAUCUUACUCUGCGAGGAGAGACAGCGUCCAAGGUCAUGAUCGUCCGCGACGCCGUCGAAUUUGCUUUCAACCAAGUCUACAAAGAACUCCGACUACGCAAGGUCAGCCCACCAGCGCUCGUACAGACGCAGGUCGAAGGUGGUGCCACGCUCUUCAAAUUCGGCUACUACAACGAGGAAGCCUACCUCACGCAAUCAUCCCAGCUCUACCUUGAGACAUGCCUACCAUCCCUGGGCGACGUAUACUGUAUCGAGAAAUCCUUCCGUGCGGAAAAGUCUCUAACCCGCCGCCAUUUGGCUGAGUACACGCACGUUGAAGCCGAACUCGACUACAUCAACUUCGACGACCUACUCACGCAUCUUGAAGAAGUCAUGUGCCGCGUCCUUGAAGUCACCAUGUCUGACCCCAUCGUCAAGCAGUACAUCAUGGACCUCAACCCUGAAUUCCAGGUGCCAGAGCGCCCAUUCAAGCGCAUGAAGUACCAAGAUGCCAUUGACUGGCUCGUCGAGCACAACAUUCCCAACGAAGAUGGCGAGCCGCACAAGUUUGGCGACGAUAUUGCUGAAGCUGCGGAGCGCAGGAUGACGGAUAUCAUCAACCGGCCCAUCUUCUUGACACACUUCCCCACUGCGAUCAAGGCCUUCUACAUGCUGAAAGACAAGGACGAUCCGAGGGUGACGGAGAGCGUGGACUGCUUGAUGCCGGGUGUUGGAGAGAUUGUGGGAGGAAGUAUGAGGAUGGACAACUUUGAUGAGUUGAUGGGUGCAUUCGCGAGAGAAGGCAUCGACCCAAGUGCAUACUUUUGGUACACUGAUCAACGAAAGUACGGCUCGUCUCCUCACGGCGGCUACGGCCUCGGUCUGGAGCGCUUCCUCGCCUGGCUCUGCAAGCAACACACCGUACGUGACUGCUGCCUGUACCCACGCUACUUUGGCCGCUGCAAGCCCUGAGCAGGUGUUUCAAACUUCACUUCCUUCCACUUCUCCCUUUCUGCGACUCCGCGAGCAGAUUCGGAUAUAGAUAGGCGCAUUUGCGUGACACGGUCUGUAUCGGACAGGCUUUUGCUUUGCCAACGAAGGUUUCUCAUGUCGCACAAUGCACCCCCAAUAGACGAAUCCUAUCCAA